AAAACACAAUCCAUAAAUCAGUUCUUCUACGUAAGCUAAAAGCAGCAAAGCUAUCAUACUGGUAAAAUUCCUAAGUAAUGAGCAUGGACCCUUAUACUCUAGACUCCAUGGUAAUAAGUAAAUAAAUUUCGUAUUUGCUCUGAAUGAAUUUUGUUAGUGAUAUCAUUUCUUUUUUAAUUAAAUCAUUUUUUAAUCAGUCUUUGUUUGUAAUUAUUGACUGAUGCACAUUCAUUCUUAAUGUUGAGGAUAUCUCAUCUAUCAUCUUCAGGUUAGACCAAAAACUUUUCUACAAUUGAGCUUACUCUCUUCUUUUAAUUCUAUAGCAAAAAAAUAUUACCUCAAUGGAUUCUCGAACAAACGUAUGCAAGCAAAUGUAAUUUAAAUUAAAUUAUUACUGUUUAAUCUGACAAUAAACAGUAUUCAUGUUCUGAGUGGAUAAGAACUUGAUUUUCACGAAGUGUUUGCAAUAAUUUCACUAAAAGAUUAUUUUGCAAUAAUUUCACUAAAGGAUUAUUUUAAAACAAAUCACUUUAAAGUUUAAAAGAAUGUCGAAAUUCAACAAAUAUCAUCAUGUCAGCGGUAGAAAAGUGGUUUAAACUAUACAUCUGUAUCUGUAUAAACUGUAAUCUUUAAACUGUAGAGAAGCCUUGCUUAUGCUAUAUAUGUGAAAAGUCUUAAACAAAAAAUUUUAUUUAAACAAGCACUCUCCCUUUUGCUACAGUGAUAAUUCUGAGGCAUUCAUACAUGUAUCAAGCUUAACAAAUUGUAUUUUAUUCUAAAGAACAUCCUUAUUCAUGCUAUAUGUGUGAUAAAACAUUUGCAUUGAACGCCAGUUUAAAUUCCCAUGAUCUUAUUGAUACUGUUUAUGAACCUUAUGUAUGCAGUAUAUGUGAUAAAACAUUUUUACAUGAAGAAAAUUUUAAGAAACAUUCUCUUGUUCAUACUGAAAAGAAGAUUUAUUCUUGCAGUGUGUGUAAUAAAACUUUCUCUGAGAAAAUUUAUUUGAAUGAACACUCACUUGUUCAUUCUGGUAAAAAAACGUAUGCAUGUCAUGUAUGUAAUAAAACAUUCACACAGAAAAGUACUUUAAAUGAACACUCUCUUAUUCAUACUCAAGAAAAGUUUCAUUCAUGCAGUGUGUGUAAUAAAUCUUUUAUAAAAAAAUUUAACUUAACUAGACACUUUCUUGUUCAUACUAGAGAAAAAUCUUAUUCAUGUAGUGUAUGUGAGAAGACAUUCUCACAGAAAAUUCAAUUAGUAAAGCACUCUCUUGUUCAUGCUGGCAAAAAACCAUAUGCAUGCACUGUGUGUGAUAAAACAUUCAUACACCAAAGAAGUUUAAAUGAACACUCUCUGAUUCAUACGAAAGAGAGACCUCAUUCAUGCAGAGUGUGUAAUAAGUCUUUUACAAAAAAAUCUAGUUUAAUUCGACACUGUCUUAUCCAUACGGGCGAAAAGCCUCAUUUUUGUAAUGUUUGUAAUAAAUCCUUCACAGAGAAACGAAGUCUAAAUGAACAUUAUCUUGUUCAUACUGGAGAAAAGCCUUAUAAAUGCAGUGUAUGUGAUAAAACAUUUUCUCAGAGAACUAAUUUAAACACACACUCUCUUAUUCAUACUGGACAAAAACCUUAUUCAUGCAGUGCAUGUGAUAAGACAUUUACACGAAAAAGUAGUUUAAGUGAGCACUCUCUUGUUCAUACCAGAGAAAAACCUUAUCCGUGCAAUGUAUGUGGCAAAACAUUCACCCAAAAAGGUAGUUUAAUUAAACACUCUCUUAUUCAUUCUGAAGAGAAACCUUAUUCAUGUAGUAUUUGUAAUAAAUCUUUUACUGAGAAAAGAAGUUUAACUGUACAUAAUAGUGUUCAUACAGGAGAAAAGCCUUAUAGAUGCAGUGUAUGUAAUAAGACUUUCUCUCAGAAAAGUAAUUUAAAAACACACUCCCUUGUUCAUACAGGAGAAAAACCUUAUUCUUGUAGUGUAUGUGCUAAGAAAUUCUCCCUUAAAGAUCAUUUAACUAAACACUUUCUUGUUCAUACAGGAGAAAAACCUUAUUCUUGCAGAGUAUGUGAUAAAAGUUUCUCGCAGAAAAGAAGUUUAAAUAAGCACUCUCUUCUUCAUAGUUGAG